UUGUUUCGCCCCAGACAGCCGUGGCUUUCCGCGUCAGAGCAGCAACAGAGAUGUAAAGCAAGUUGCACUACCGCGUCCUCCUCUUGAUAUGCUUCUGACAUAACGAGGAGCCACCAAGUGACAGAGCACUGCAGAGGAAGAUGGAGGUCCAGAGUAGUGUUCAGCAGCCGGAGCCCCGCCCUUUGGGCUCUCCUCGGUCCGGGGCCAAUCAGCAGAAUGAAUUCGACGACGGACAGACGGAUGCCAGCGGCAGGUCUUCUGCUGACAGCCACAGUAAGGAUGCGCAGCCAGCAAAUCAGAAUGAAGACCAAAAACCCAGUGCAGCGGUGAGAGGUUACCACAGCAGCAAGGUGGCAAACGCAUCCGGCGGAGGCGGUCAGGGGGCCUGGAGCGGCACCUCCUACACCCGCACAAGUCUGCAGCACUACCUGUCCCACCACCAACAACAACACCACCCCCAUCACCAGAGCUACGCCUACUGCCCGGCAAAUAUAGCUCAGUCCUAUGCUCCACCCCCUCAUCCCAUGGCUCCUCCCAGCCCAAGCACCAACAGCUGCAGCCAGGGAGGGGCGGAGCAGCUGAGUAAGACCAACCUGUAUAUCCGAGGCCUGCCACCUGGGACCACCGACCAGGACCUCAUCAAACUCUGCCAACCGUAUGGAAAAAUAGUGUCAACCAAGGCCAUCCUGGAUAAAAACACCAACCAGUGCAAAGGCUAUGGCUUUGUGGAUUUUGACAGCCCAGCUGCAGCACAGAAGGCCGUGUCGUCUCUCAAAGCCACCGGGGUGCAGGCCCAAAUGGCCAAGCAACAGGAGCAGGACCCCACCAACCUGUACAUCUCCAACCUGCCGGUGUCCAUGGAUGAGCAGGAGCUGGAGAACAUGCUGAAGCCCCUGGGUCACGUCAUCUCCACGAGGAUACUGAGGGAUGCCAACGGGGUUAGCAGAGGAGUCGGCUUCGCCAGGAUGGAGUCCACAGAGAAAUGUGAAGUAGUGAUACAGCACUUCAACGGCAAAUACCUGAAAACCCCGCCAGGCAUUCCAGCUCCCACGGAGCCUUUGCUGUGCAAAUUUGCCGACGGAGGGCAGAAGAAACGCCAGAGCCAGAGCAAGUACCCUCAGAACGGGAGGCCGUGGCACAGAGAAGGCGAGACUGGGAUGGCGUUAACAUAUGAUCCAGCUGCAAUGCAGAAUGGGUUCUACUCCUCGCCUUACAGCAUCGCCACCAACCGCAUGAUUGCACAGACCUCCAUCACGCCCUUCAUCGCUGCUUCCCCCGUUUCCACAUAUCAGGUCCAGAGUACGUCAUGGAUGCCUCAUCAACAAUAUGUUAUGCAACCAACAGGUGCAGUGAUCACGCCAGCCAUGGACCACACUAUGUCCAUGCAGCCUGCCAGCAUGAUGGGCCCUCUCGCCCAGCAGAUGAACCAUCUGUCCCUGGGCACUACAGGAAGUUACAUGACUGCUGCAGCUGCCGCGGCGCCUAUGCAAGGGACCUACAUUCCCCAGUACACUCCUGUGCCUCCAACAGCCGUCCCUGUCGAAGGAGUGGUGACGGACGCCUCCCCCCAGACGGUGGCUCCCUCGUCACAGGAGGUGGCGGGCCAGCAGCAACAGAUCCAGGUGGACAGUGCUGCCGACCAUGUUCCUGCUUACUCAUACCAGUCCAACAACGGCCUGAGCGAAUGUUCCUGUGACAGCGUUGCCUUGAGACAGAAGGUGGCUGCACUGUGUAUGUGAGCAAAAGAGAAAAGAAAGAGAUUGCUUCCAGAUUGCCCAGGCACCAAAAAAAAAGAGACACUUUUUUCAUUUCCUACCUGGCCUACGAGAAAAAAAAAGAAAAAAAAAGAAGGAGAGAAGGAGGCAAAGAGUGCUGAGGAAAGGGGAUGGUCAAAUUGCUGGGCGCAGUGCAAAGAAGUGAAAUAGUUUAGUCUGGGAACCUGCCGGAAGGGCUGGGCCGAAGCUUGAAAAGUUUCUCAAAGAAAAUUCUCAACCAAUAAAAAAAAAAGGAAGAAAAAAAAAAUAAGAAACGGAAAAAAAAGGUUGAAUGCGCAGGUAGGCGAUGAAGUUUAUUUUGUAAUUAGAAAAUGGGAGUCAAGUUUGAGAUACACACAGAGAUUGUCUUCCUCAGAUAUUAAGCUACAAUUUCUUUUCACUCUUUUUUAUGUUCUAGUGUUAAAUUUUACUUUUCUAGAUAUAUUCGAAAAAACAAAGUGUUUUUUUCUUUUUUCUUUCUUGAAUCUUCAUGGCCUUAAUUUGAAGGGCGGCAGAAACUUUUUACAGAGUUUAAGUCUGACGUCUGGUUAGAAAAAAUAAAAAUAAGCAAACGAAAUCAGUCUCUUGGACCACUUGGAGGGUACAAGACACUGGAGGAGUUGUUCUAAAGAGGAAAAAAGAAUCUAUCACAUAAGCUGUACAGAUUUAAUAGAGAAGAGCUUUUUUUUCUUUUCUUCAUUAGAAGAAAACUUUGAUAAUUAUUAUGUCAGAGGUAACUAAGUGUAAGAAGAAAACAAAAUGUCUGUUUGGGGAAAAAGACUUGGAGUGGGGGUGGGUGGGGGGAGCUUUGAAGAGAUUUUUCACAAUGAGGAAAAAAUGAAAACAUAAGAAAACAUGCUGCAUUGUGGAUGCAGUCUGUUGCAAAAGCUGAACUUGUUUUUUAUUAUCAUUAUUAUUAUUAUUAUUUUACAUGGCAAAGUUGCUGUCAAUGACAUUAGUGCUUUUUAUCUGCCACAUUUUACCUUUUUUAUGAGCUUAAAGAUGUUUUUAGCCCGCUUUGCUUGUCACACUGCAAAAAGGAGAAAAAAAAGAAGUAGAAAAAAAAUACAAAAUUAAAAAAAAAGAUUUAAAAAAAAAUAUGGAAAAAAAUUCUGGCAGUGAAAUGAAAACAGUAGAUUCAGUAGGAGCUUACGGUUUAAACCAAUCAGUGCAAAAGCAAUAGAAGAAAUUGUUGACAAUUUCUGUAGUCUUUCCUAGUUGUGGAUCAAAUGCAGCCCAUGGAUGGCCAUUUUUAUACCAAAGAUGAAGAGACACUCUGAACCAGAGUUUUGUUUUUAUGUUGUUUUCCUUCCUUUUCUUUUUUCAUUUUUCUGUUUGAUUUUGUUGUUGUUGAUGUUGUUGUUGUUGAUGAUGUUAAUGUUGAUAUUGUUGUUGUUGAUGUUGCAGUUGUCGUUGUUUUUUAUUUGACCUCGAUGGCCGGACCAGUCCUUACUAUCCUUCUUAACAUCUUUUUCCACCGGGUUUAAGCUAGUUUUCCACGGUUGUCACACACACACACACCAAACAAACACACGCACACACGAACACAUCUCAACAUACACACACUUACUGUACAAACACACACAUCAAACAGUAUUUAAAGUGUGAUGCAACCAGUGGCAGUCCUACCAAACGUCCUUUCUCUUCAUCUCCUCGUCUUGUCUUUUUCCUUUCUUUAUGUCACAUAACUUUUACGAUGCUUUCACACACCAUCGGUGCAUUCCACCUCUCUCUAUCUCUAUCUCUCUCUCUCUCUGUCUCACAGAUCCUGCAGGGAAAACUUUAGGAAACAGAUUGUGGAAUGCUCCGUGGUUGUCAACACAUUGCUUCCAGCUUCGUCCCCUUAGUGAUUUCUGCCCUUAGUCUCUUUAUCUCUUUCUAUUUCAGCCGUAGCUAACUCAGUCAUUCCUCUGUACACUGAGCUUCAGUGUGAUCUCCUUGUUAAUCUCUGUCAUCUAUCACCUAACACAGGUCACUUUUUUGAGUAUUACCCUGCCCAGAAUACCAGAUGAGUGGUGUUUGCUGCAUAUUGGUACAUCAGGUAAGAUGUUGAUGAGUCUUUAGCAAUGAUUGCAUAAACUUUAUGGCACUUAAUGGUAUUUAAAGAGAGUAUAGAAUAAUUUGACAUUUUUCAGAAUUAAUUAUCUGCUUUCCUUCCGUGAGUGAGAUGAGAAAUACGAUUUCCCUCUCUCGUCUGUACGGUUAAAUAUGAAGAUACCGCCAGCAGCUGGUUAGCUUAGCUUAGCACAAAGACUGGAAACAGAGGGAAACAGCUAGCCUGACUCUGCCCGAAGGGCAAAAUAUCCACCUACCAGCACCUAUAAGGCUCAAUAAUUAAAACGUUUUAUCUUGUUUUCUUGAUCGUACAUGAAACAAAGUGUAAAAGUCACACCAUGUGGUUUUACAGGGGGCUACGUGCCGGACUAUUUCUUGACCAGGCGUAGUAAUUUGCUGUAGUCUUGUAUUCACCGUAAGCUUGACAGGCAACCAGCAGAGACUCCAGGAAGUUACUGUGGAGAAAUGGCCCACAAUUCCUUUGAAACCGCAUCAGAACAGAAGAAAGACCCAUUUGCAUUUUGUGACAACCAUCACUCUGUGACACUAACAAGCCGUGGAAGAAGUGUGUUUAAAAGGACAGAUCAUUUGCAAUGGAGGCCGGUAACUAGGCUCCUCACCAGCCGUAACAAGACGUUGAUGGCAGCUCCUUCCUCGGCCACCACCGCUGAGUGUCAGUUGCUCCCCCGCUUGUCCCAAUUUGUUGCACAAACAGCCCCGUCACAUCUUAUCCGGUCUCCCUGUCCCAGAGCUGUGUGGGGUUUUCAAUGAUUUCACCUCUGAGGAUUGUCCCCCUGAAGACAUGGCCUGUGGGACAGCGGCCGUUUCUGCCCCCAUUAGAGGGGCCUUUGUGUGUCAGAGUGCUGUGUCUCUGCUCUACUGGCCCAUGCCCCGUCGUCUGCCCCACUGUGGGGCUGCAGCGCUAAAAGGACUCCGUUCUCUCCCCAUCCUCACUGGCAUCAUUAAUGUGCCACGGCCAAGCCAGGCUCCUUUUGCUCUCAUUCCUCCUCAUUCUUCCCCCCCCUCACUCUCUCUGAGGUUUCUUCUCUUUAUUGGAUGGUGCAGAAGCAGAACCACAAACCAAUUUCAGUCACUCUCGCAAUGAGGCUUGACGGGCCCAAUUUGUCUCCCUCCGGGGCAAUAGGAUCCACUUCAGUGUCCCUCCAAAGACCCCUUUCUUCCACACAGAGAGGGAGCUUUUUUUGUUUGCCGACAAUUGCACUCGAGCUCUCGCACUUCAUGUGGCUCGUUCAAAUCUCCAGUCCAGCGAUGCAUUUUGGGCCACAAUGGCGCAUUGUGCACAUUAAGGGGCAAGCUGCUGCACCAUGCGAGGCGAUGUUUGUAACCAACAAUCAAAUCGUACAUCGAGUGCCUUUUAAUGAAGCUUCCAAAUGAUUCCAAAUUAUCCGUGUGAUAGUUUAAAAAGAAAAAGAAAACCAAGUAAAGCACAUGGAAGAGCUCGUUUGAGUCAGUUGUGCGGAAGAAAUGCUGCACAAAAGCAAAGCUACUCUAGGUGCUAAAGAAGAAGCGGUCUCUGCCUUUUGCCUGAUAUCUGUGAAGAGCCGGCCACUGUUUAACACUCAGCCGUCACCUCGCUCUUAACAGGCCACCUGUCCACUUAAUGACACACAAAAGAAACAGGCACACAGGUUCCUAAACCACACUGUUAAAGCCAUACCCUCAUUUUCUUUUCCCUCAGUCGGUGUUAAUACCUGCUUAUUUACAGAGGUCAAAAGCCACAUGUGUCAUUCAAAGUGUUUCUCAAUGACCGUUCAGCUGUAUAUUAUCCAAUCAAAUCAACACCUGCCCAUUUCCUUUCAUCUGAUCUGCCACUCAACAUCUGCUUGUACCCUCCUCGAGGCUGUGGUUCGCUGUUAUCUCCCCAUGAACAAGUCUGUGCCACAUCACAGUCUUAAACCGCUAACAAGUGUUGGGUUUUAGAACUCCUCCCAACAUCUCUCAUGAGUCGUCAUUGUUGCAAGAACUCACUAUUCCAUUUUUGAGUCGUUUCAAGUGUGAACAGAGCUGCUAAACUAUAACUUUACCAGUUUUAAGCUAGUGUGUGUGUCAGUGUGCCUGUGUGAAUAGUUAUCCUACUCAACAGUUCAACUUUUAGCGAAUACAGUGGCAUAUACGAAGCUAUAACAGAGUUCUCCAGACUUUUAUGUCUGCUGUUUUAUAGGGUACAGGAGACAUUUUUGAAGCUUAAUAGGACUCGUGAUGCAGGAGUUGCACAUCGGAGAGCAGGGCGUCCCACAAAUGUCCUGAGAUUCAAUAGUAAUGGCAUUAUGGGAAAAUGGGAUUACAAAUAGCCAAGAGAUUAUGGCGAGAAAGAGAAAAUGCACAACAAAGAAUAGCAGCUCUAUUUUGCUAAUGGAGAUUCAAGAAAGAAAAAAGAUGUUAAGGCAGAUGUUUGCUUUUUUAUGUACCACACCAAUAUUUCACAGAGAUCUGAAAGAUUACCCGACCGAACAAACAGAAAUGGCUUUUUUCUUAAUAGCACAAUGGCAUAAUGUACUUUUCCAGAAUACCAAUACCUUCGUUGAGGAGUACAGAAGGCAUGCCUGCAAUUUUAAGGAGGCUGUAGCAGCAACGCUCUGCUCCCAGUCAGCCCAUGUGUCAGCACAAACCAGGAGUCAGCUAUACCAAGAGAGAGUAUGUGUGUGUGUGUGAGAGAGUGUGUGUGUAGGGGGAAAAGAAAGAUUGGAGCAUCAUUAGCUGCUGUUGCCGGGCAGAAGUGGUCAUAGCCUGGAGUUUUCUCCGUCCCCUGUACAGGACUCCAGGAGGCGGCCAAGCUCGACCCAUCGCUAAUUAGCAACGCACACUUUUCCCUCCGUACUCCAUCCCACCAAGACGGGCUCUUCCUGACCUUUUUCUUCACAGACUGUCAUCAUUUUCUGCCGCCUCCAUCUUUUGAGUUUGUUAAUAGAAAUACCCAGCCACCACUUUCCCUCCAUCCGUUUGCACCGGUUGUAUUCUCUUCCUUUCCAUCAGCAUCCUUCUCAGACUCCAAUCUGGUGCUCUCUCAUCGCCUUAGGACCUCACCUACUCAUCUACCAAAUGUGCAGGCUGUGAUUUGCAACAUGACAAAAUGUCCCUAAUGGUACUCUCUAACACCUUAAUGGUUUGCCAGCUUGUCUCAGUGUCAAGAUGGUAUUGUUUGCUUCCGUAGUGCCAAAAAAAAAAAGUACAAAACAAAGUUUAUGCAAUCAUAUGUUAAAUGUUUUUAGUGUUGAGAUUAACAAUGGUCUGACCUAAAAUCGCCACAAUGCAGUAAAUCUCACUCAUCUGGUGCCUCAUGCUCAGAAUCCCUAAGAGGCCGAGAAAAAAACCUGCUGAAGUCUGAUUUAGAUUUCUUUAUCUUCUGUGUUUGUGACUUAAGAACAGGUGAAGAAAAAAAGGUUUUACCACGAUAAUCUUUCCUUAUAGUGACAUAUUUGUUUAAGUAAAUUUUAGCAUAAAUUUAGCAUUUUUGUGUGUCUGCGCGUUGUUGUCAUACUCGUUUUGGCCACAAGAGGCUUAACUUCACCACUACCCCAUGUUUUUUUUUUCACAUAACUUGCCUACACACGAUAUGUACCUUGUGUUUAGAAUGCAUGGAGAGACACCUCCUGUGGCCGAAAUGAGUAUUACAGCAACAUACAUUUGGAAAAUGAUAUUGAAAAAAAUAAUAUUUACAAAACAUUUAUUUUUCCUCCUCUCUUCACAGAUUAAACGGGAGGAAAAAGCAAUUUAGAAAAAUGAUCUUGUUCACCUGUUCUUAAGUCAUAAAUACAAGUUAGAUCAGACUUAGAAAAUGGAUAAUCUGAAUUAAUUUUUUCCUCACUUUAUCUAGGAAGAGUAUUCAGAUGCUCAGAAUUGCUUUCCACCUUCUAUUUAAUACAGGAAGAAGGAAGAAUACAGCACACACGUGGGAAAAGCAACAUUUUUUCCCCGUCAGUCCUCUGUGGAUAGCUCACACACUCUCUACAAAGUAAAUCUGAGACUUUACCUACCACCUGGUGUUCUCCAUUGUCAGUUUUUCAAGUCAAGGUGCUUACUGCGUUUAAAAAAAAAAAACUCCGUCCUCAACUCAUUGUUUCUCACAAUCACUGCCGCCAUCCUUGAACCUGACAUGAUCCAGAAAGUAAUUUAUGUAUGCUGGCUUCCACACCGUCACAGCAGUAAACUCAUCAGAUGUAUUACAUGUCAUACUUGUCGCGAGGUUCCUUGUGAACAGGGUUGCAGUCAUUCCACAUUGAUUCUUGUGUGUUAGGAAAACAGUAGUUCAGAGUAACUCUCACAGCCUGUCUCCUGCUGAGUGUAAAGGAGAACCGUGGCUCAAUUACUCAUCACAGACCAGCACACACACACACACACACAAACACAUCUGCACACACAUAAUGCAGUGGGAGAAAUUGCUCAAACUGCCCCCCACAUGAGCGAGGCCCUGUGCUUUUUAAUUGAUGCUUCGGUCCACCUUUGAUGAAAGCUAUCGAUUGGCCACACAACGCCAGGAGCACAGCCGGCCAGUGCAGCCCUCGAGGAGUCCAACAGCUCCCAGAGAAAAUCCAACAAUCACUAGGAAAUGGACGACCAAAUUGUUGAGAGAUAGCCAGCACAGAGAGUGCGUUAGGCACGGGAUUAAUUUAUCAGAUAAAAAAAGGAACUAUUUAUUAGGACAGCAGAGCGGUUUUUAAUUAGAUUUUUCUUUCUCUCUUUUUGUUGUUUCUGUUUCGUUUUUUCACUUCUCUCUGUUUCAGCGCCGGGGAGGACACGGUCAUGUCUCGCACACGCUGCUCAGUGUGUGUGAUCUUUGAGAAACUAUCUGUACAUCUGUGGAUGUUAGGAUUUGACUUGGGUUUUAUGAGUUGUUGUUUUUGUUUUUUCUCUCUCUCUGAUGAAGCUUUCAAUAAAAAAAAUUGUGGAAAA